CGAUAGCAGUGCAGUUUGCCGGCUCGUAGUUUGGGUUUUUUGUGCGUUGGUCAGACAACAUUUACUUGCUGCGUGAGAGAGACGCUGCGACGUGACUUUCGAUUUCAUUGGAUUGUGAAUUUCGUUGUGCCACAGGCAACUAAAACACAGGAGAAGUAGAAGCAGACACAGCCACAGACACAGACUCAGACACAGACACGCUGUCGAAGAGCUGGCAUAAUUAUCUGAAUCUGGAUCUUCUGCCAGUCAGUUCAUCAACGUUCGUCUCAGCCGCAACAUCAACAACAUGUGGCUGCUCCUGCCCAUACUGCUCUACUCGAUCGUCUUUCUCUACGUGCGACACAUCUACAGCCAUUGGCGACGCAAGGGCAUUCCCAGCGAACCCGCCACGCUCUCCUGGGACUUCCUCUGCCAGGCCUAUCGUCGUGAGUUCCGGCACGUGGAGGCCAUCUGUGAAGCGUAUCACGAGGGUCGUGAUCGCCUCCAUGGCAUCUAUUGCUUCUUUCGACCCGUGCUGCUGGUCCGAAAUGUGGAGCUCGCUCGGCAUGUGCUGCAGCAGGCGAAUGGCCAUUUUAUGGAAACUAAGUGGGACUAUGUCAAGGGCUACAGACGAUUUAAUUUGCUCGAGAAAUUGGCGCCAAUGUUUGGCACAAAGCGUCUGCAGCCUAUGCUUCUGAACACACAAGAUGUGGCCAAUCAAAUGAUUCAUCACUUGCAACAACGUGAGCUGCAAGGUGUAGUCGAAUUGGAUGUGCAACAGCUGCUCAGAAUCUAUGCUGUGAACAUUAUGGGCAACUUGGUCUAUGGACUGGAUGUGAACAACUUUGAGCAACAGGAUCACAUACUCAACAGCUUUGCGGAGAAUACAGCGCAGCACAGUAAUCUGCAAUGCUUCACUCUACGCGGCGUGCCGCAGAAGUCAACGCUCACGUAUCGCCUGCUGGACAUCAUUCAACGCAAUGUGGAGCAACGCGAAGAACGUGGCAUAAUACGCAAGGACAUGUUGCAGCUGCUGGUGAAGUUUCGCAAUGGCAACGACUUGGGUAGCGACAAAUGGCAAGUGGAGCAUGCCAUAGAGGAAGACAAACUGAUGUCGAUUAAGCGUCUGGCUCAAGUAGCUGAGGAUUUGCUGCAGUCCGCUUUGGAUAGCUUGGCGUCAACAAUUACACUGACGCUCUAUGAGAUCGCACAGCAGCCGCUAAUUGUGGAGAAGCUGCAGGCGGAGAUUAAAGAGCUGCAGUCCGAUGGCGAUGGCCAGCUUCAGCUGCUGGAGCAACUGGAGGGCAUGAAGUACAUGGAGAUGUGUGUGAAAGAAACGCUUCGCAAAUAUCCGCCAGUGCCGCUGAUUGAACGCACUUGCCGCAAGAGCUACACGUUGCCUGCCACCAAAUUCACCGUUGGCGAAGGCAAGACACUGAUGAUACCACUUCUGGCCAUACAACGCGAUGAGAAGUAUUUCAGUGAACCGCUGAAAUAUAAACCUUUGCGCUUUCUGCACGACAAGCUCAAGCAAUCCACACAAUGCCCCAGCGCCUUUGUGGGCUUUGGCAUUGGCGGUGCUCAAUGCGUGGCACAAAACUUUGCCAAAAUGGUAAUUAAAGUGGCGUUGAUUAAACUGCUGCAGCACUACGAUAUCGAGUGGGAUGAGAAUGCCGCCGCCGUUGUGGAAGUAUCGCAUCUGCCCGCACCAUUAAUAACAUCACCCGAUGGACUUAGACUUAAACUGAAAGCACGAGAGAUUUUAGCACAUAGCCACUAUCGCAAGAAUUCGAUUUAAGCGCUUUAUAUUUUCAAAAGUUGAAAAUGAAUGAAAAUUUAAUUUA